GGGCAGCAGGUGUGGUGCCAUGGCACCCAAACUGCAUCUUCCACCUGCAGCAAUCCGGAGGUCGUGGGAGGAGCCCAGCGGGGAAUGCUGCUGUGACAAUGCCUGCAGGGGCAACACUUGCUUUCGGAUACUUGCAGCGGCACACACCACUGGAGGCUUGUUGGCAGUUGCCAUGAUAUCUGCAAUCGUCGAAAAGCAGCACCAGCAGGAUCCGGAACCCAUGAGGAGAUCUAUGGGACUUCUUGCUCAUCCACUGGCUGCCUUUGCGGUGCUUCCACUGCUGGGCACGCUGAUAGCCAAGGCGCCGGAUUUCAUCCGGGCGAUCCGGCUUCUGGGCAGCGCUGCCUUCGUGGUUUGUCUGAUGGUGGAUUUGGUCCUGCCAAGCCUCUUCUUGGCCAGCAACAAGGUGGAUGAUGUGCUGCCGGUAUGCUCGCUACUGCUGGGUUUUUGCGAUGCAGCGGUGAGCUUGGCGCUGCUCUGUGCGUGUGAGAACCAGGUGGUGAAGGCGCAUAGCGUCCGCUUAACAGAAGCCUUUGGUGUCGCCUUUGUGGUGGCCCUUUGGGGCGAGUCCUUGGGAUUAGCCAUGGCAGCUGCACCCUGGGGUCAGAAUGGUUACUUCAGUGGCUUCACCAGCGACAAAUGUGUGGCUGGUAGUACGUGCAUGAGAAUGCAGAUUUGUGGGCUUCUGGGUGUUCCUUUCCAACUCCUGGGCCUUGUGUUGGCCUUGCGCCUGAACAGCAAGAAGCGCCGCUGGCGAAGCUCGCGAAGCUCCCCAUCGCAGGGCGGCAAAAGUCGCAGCUCUGGGGAGAAGUCCAAGGAGGAGUUGGAAGAGGAGGAAAUCGUGGUUGAUACGGAAAGCCAACUGGCGGAGCUUGUGCAGGACCCAGGAACCCAGGUUGCAUUGCUUAGCACCUUACUUUCCGGUGUCGCGAUGCUUUGCGCCAAAGAACAAGCGCGAGUUUUCAUGGCACCUAGAGGCCAGACAUCCAACAUCCCCGGUGCUGCUCUGCGCUUUCUCUUUGGCAUCCUGGGGUGCGGCCUGGCUCCUCGUCUGGUGCGCGCUUUUGGAGCCUUCGGCACGUGGAUGGUUGCUGCACUGACUACAUCUGCUCUGCUGCUGGUAUCUCCUGUCACCACAGGCUUUGGCGUAGAUUGGUGGGCUGCUACAGCCACUGGCUUGUUGCCCGUGCUAUUCUUUGCAUUACCCUGUGUUGUUACGGCGCGGCGAGCGCGAGCGAGGGGGCGGCCAGUCAGCCUUGCCUUGGCACUGACGUUGGCAACCCAGCAAGGCAGCUGUGUUCUUUGGCAAGCCGCAGGACAUGUGCUGCCGAAUGGUCUUGGCCCGUGGCUGGGUGCUGUUUGCAGCGUUUGGGCAGCCGUCCUUUGCAGCAGGGCGAUUGUUUGUGAUCGAGACGGCCAAAUUGUGACAGCCAGCACAACCCCUUCUGCCUAGAUCUGCCUAGCUUUCAUUGCUUUCUAGAUUCGAUGGUGACCGAUGGUGUACAUAGACGCUUGGUGAUGCCUCAAAAAUUGGCCAGCUUGGAAGUGAUCGUAUUUCUCCACCCGUGCAACUCAAGG